GCUCAAAAUGGCUGCAGAGAAACACUUGUGAAGAUCGUCGCUUUUGGUCCAGAUUUUGGAGACAUGAGGCCGAGUGCCGCUUAGACACGCUCCCGCCACAUCACCGGGGAUCCAGAAGUGAACAUGGACGAAGGGCGCACACAGUGACUGGUGCGGCGACUACACCCAAGGACAGGAAGUGGUUCCGCGGCCUGCUUCCUGUCCGGUCCCUCUGAGCUGCCUGGCCUCUGAUUGCCUUCUUCAUGUGAGACAUUCCCAGGCUCCUGUAACCUCUGGUCCCAGGGGGAGCGUGGACGGGACAGGACCGCACCGACCGAGGAGGAGCCCUGGAGCAGCUAAGAGUCAUCCAAACGUUGGUGUCCAGUCGCUCCCAGAAUGAAGAGCCUUCAGUUCCGGAACAUCGCCCCCAAGGCCCCGGCCGCUGUGCCCUCUGCGUCCCCCGCGCUCCUGUCCUGCCAGCCCCCCUCUGCACUCCCUGAGGCCAGCACCGCCUCCAGCCCCAAGUCCAUCAUCGUCCCUGCACAAAACUAUGCACUCAUGCAGAUAGCAGGCCAGGACGGCACCUUCUCCCUGGUGGCCCUGCCCCCUUCUGUGUCCUCCCAGACUCCCCAGCAGCAAACCGCAAAGAACCUCAAGCUCCCCAUCCCUCGGUACCAGGCAUCCCGGAGCAAAGGGACCCCUGACAAGGCAAAGACCCCACCGACCGCCAAGGCCAAAACUAUGCCUAAAGCUGUGGGCACGCAGACCAAACUGCUGCCCAAAGUGCCCAAAGAGGAACCUUCAGAUCAGCUCCUUUCUAUGGACCAGGCCUCCUCUGACCUCUCAGUGACAGCCUUGCUGCCCGAAAACGCUGUCCUGUACCCUGGUUCUCAACUGGAACCCAAAGCAGACCCCUCCCAGUGCACUCCGACCCCUGGCCUGGUCCAGAACCUCCAGUACCCCAGCCCUGGCAUCAAAACAUCUCCCGGGAAACCUCCAGAGGAAAGUAAGACUUCUGUAAAGUUGUGCCAAUCCAAACCUGCAGGGCAGCCGUCGGGCAGCAUCACCGUCCUGUCCCCCGCCAUCUUCAGCAAAGCCGUUCAGAUCAUUCCUUCUCCACCUAAAGGCAAGCUGCCCAUCCUCCCCUACUCCAAGAUCAAGAACAGCCUCAUGCCCACGGCCAAGCUCAGCUCAGUGACAACAGACAAAAACAAGUUUGCAGGUCAGCCCCUUUUGUCUAGUCCCACGGACUCUGCUCCGAAGACUCCUGUGCCUGAAACAAUGCAACCUCCUCAAGUCCAAACUGCUCUGGUCCCCAUUAUAGGAACUGUGCCAAAAGCUCCAGGCAGAAAGAGAGGUCGUAAGAGGAAGACACUGGAGGACAUCCUGGCGUUCGAAGCCCGGAAGAAGAGGUCCCUGACGUUCUUCCGCAGGAGAGUCCCAGACAAGCCCCCCGCCGCUGCCCCAAACAAACAGAAGGAGGUGGACAUCUCCAAGAAGUACCGCAGCAUCCGGCCCAAGCCCCUGCUGCUGAUGGAGACAGUUCCUCAGCUGGUCAGCAUGCCCACCCUGGCAGCAGAGAGCCAGGACAAAGAGGUCCCCCCAGGGCAGCAGACGGCCAGCCCACCAGCCCCCGCCCCGCUCCCCUCCCGCCUGCACCGCUGUCCCACCUGCAGCCGCUCCUUCCAGUUCAAGCACCACCUGCAGAGCCACAUGAACAGCCACACCAACAACCGGCCCUACGCCUGCCCCAUGUGCCGCAAAGCUUACGCCCACUCCGGCAGCCUGAGCACACACAUGAAGCUGCACCACGCCGAGGUGAGGCCCCGCACCGCCCUCUCCUGUGAGUUCUGUCAGAAGGCCUUUGGGUACGUGGGCGUGUACUUCAGCCACCUGCGCGAGGUGCACAGGGUGGUGCUCACCGUGGAGCCCUCCAUCAGCCAGCACGAAGACCAGCCGCACGCAGACGGGACGACAGCUGAAGGCGGGGAGGAGGCUCGCGAGGACCCAGUGGAGCUGCAGAUCAAAUGCGGCCGGUGCCAGGCCAUCACGCCCACCUUCGCCGACAUGAAGAUGCACUUGCGGCACGUGCACGGGGAGGAGCUGCCCGUGUCCCAGGACCAGGCCCCCCGCUCGGGCCGAGAGGCAGAGGACGAGCUGGUCAAACACGCCGCCCACUACUGGAGACAGCUCAACCACAAACGCAACCUGGUCAAGUGCGGCCGCUGUGACGAGGAGUUCUUCUCUUUCUCCAAACUCAAGAGGCACGUCAUGUCCCACCACCAGAGCCGCGAUGGGCAGGAAGGCGGGGGCUUGUCUCCGGACAGCGAGGCGGGCCUGGGGAUACUGUCCGCCCAGUCGGGUCUGAACUGUGUGCUGUGCAGGGAGGUGUUGGACAGCAGGGACAGCCUCCUGGAGCACUGGAGCAGCCGGCACCACUGUGAGCAGCCCGGCCUCCUCUGGGACGCCCUGAGCUCCUACUCAGGGCAGGAGGAGCUGGACGUGGACACACCUCACCCCAGCCCACACUAGCCCCCCACCCACAGACCCCUCUCCUGACCUGGGCACAGAUCCGCUCAUUUCCUCUCAGUUUUACCAGCAGUGUUUCCCAAAGCUUAUGUAUCAGUUUGUGCGGUGGCAGAAUCCUAGUGCCUCCAAAUUGUGCUCUUACAUAUUUAUACCUCCCACUAAGUAUUCAAAAUGCCUACGAUCGGACACAGAAAGCAUUAAAGUGGGACUAAACACCUACACUUUGCCAACAACCAUCAUUCAAAGAGAGCUGCUAAACUGUGAUGUCACAUAGUACUUGAAAUUGUAGUGGCCACUGGAGGCAGCACAUACUCAGUUUUGAACACAAAGCUGCAAAUUUACCUUGCUUGCACAAAAAAUUGCCAAAAAAGAAACAGGAGAUGAUGCUUUUAGAAUAUAAUGUACACAGUUUAGUAGCAAAAAUGUUGCUUCAGUGUUUGGUUCCACUUUAAAGUUGAAAGUAGGUGCUCAGAUGUUCACAAACUGCCUCGUCUUUGGGAGACACUGCUGCCGUCUACAGCACAGGGAUGGACCACGUCUCCAGGGUCCAGCUUCAUUUUCACAAACGACAGGGAAGCAGAAGCACCUCAAGUUCAAAUCGUGUCAAAGAAUUCCUAUUUAAACUGGUCUCAUGUCACUUUGGAUUGCACUGUUUAUUUACUGAUGUUCAAUGUGUUGGCAGAAGCUGUAUUAUUUUUCUAUGCUUAUUUAAAGUCUGUUAAAGGGUUAACUCAUGAACCAGGCUGAAGUCUGUUCAUGCAUCACUGUGGUUUCAGUUACAUUAUCAAAUAUUGUGGUUUACGGGUUUUCACUAAACACAAGUAUGUUACAGAUCUACACUAGACUUGGGCUCGGGCUUAAAGGUUCAGUUCCCUUAAGUCAAGGCAUUCAUCUCACCACUAGUCAGAGUUUAAACAGGCUUUUUCAUGACAUGUUUUUUCCUUUUUUUUUUUAUGACUAUUCACAUUGUAGAUUCUCACUGAAGGCAUCAAAUACAUUUGCUUUAAACAUUCCACUAAUUAACUUUGACAAAGCACAUCUGUGAAGUGAAAACCAUUUCAUCAUGAAGCUCAUUAAGGGAAGUUCAAGGGUCUGCAGCACUGGCCACAAAGGGUGGCUACUUUGAGGACGCUCAGUCUGUGAUCUAAAACAUGUUUAGCAUAAGUCAGAAGUCCAUACAUCUUCUUCAUAUAUUUGAUGUUGUCAGUGUGUAUCUACGAUGUAGAAAGUGGUAAAAAAAAAAAAAAAAAAAACACUGAAUGAGAAGAUGUGUCCAAACUUUUGACAGGUUGUGUAUGUCAGAGCUGAACAUUUGAGUAAAGUCAGAUGGACCCGACCUGAGGGACAUAAAGGGCUUUCUUUCACUUCGAGGAUCAGUGCAAAGCAUUUAAAACAAGCCGACAUUAAACAGACAGAUGAUAUGUAUUAACACCAAGCCAAGCUAUUGUAAUUUAUUUUGAAAAUCUUUUAUCUUUAAACGAUGCAAUUCUAUUGAUUUUAGCAAUAUGUCCCCCUCCCCUCGCCCCCUCCCUCUUCUGAACUUUAUCUAUAGGAUAUUUGAGUUCCAGGCUCAGCGCUAACACCAGUGAGGGAGAUCAGAUCUCUGGAGCAGUGUCUUCAGAUCACAUAUUCCAGAACCAGCUCAAAUGUCUUUUUCAUGCACAUGUAAUGAGGACACUUUAUACUCAAUGCUACACUUUAUUAAGAAUUAGUGUGUCUAUAUACAAAUAUUUACAAAUGCUCUAUUUUUAUGGUCACAGCUCGAUGACUCAACAAUUUGGAAUAAAUGUACAUUUAUCAGUGGCCACAGAGGCGUGGCUGCAGACUACUGUUUAUCUAGGGCACUCCCCAUGACCACAUGGUCUCACUGUCAGAGCCUCAGAGCCUCAGAGCCUGGGACCUGGCCUGGGCCUGGGACAGAUGUUACACUCUGCAGACUAAGCUCCAACUGAAACUUGAACUGUCUGAAGCCUCUACAGGGCAGAAUGAGGACAUCAGCCCCAGACACUGCCUCACCCCACACCCCCACACCCUCACACCCAAACUCAUCUUCUGAGGCCCACACUGUGGGCUGGAGGCGGAGCCUGUGGACAGUAGGCGUUGGAGGCGGAGCUCCUUCUCUUGGACUGGUUGAAUAAUGCCUUUGUGUUGUGUUCUAUGCCAAGUGUCUGUGCACACUAGUGACUGUAGAGGUGACGUGUGCAGACCAGUGUUGUGUCUGCAGAGGAGCUCCUGCUGUUUGCUUCUGUGGAUGUGUGGACUUCACACAUGGUCUGGCUACAUAUAGUUUUAAACAAUAUUGUCCUAUGCACAUACUAAUGAUAUGUUCUAAAGAGAUUUUGAUUUCAAAGUGUGACCCCUUUCACACCAGUGCAUGCUCUGCAGCUCUGCCUUUGCGUUGGUAUUUGGUAACAACACUUCAGGAGCUCUCUGCUCUUCUGUGGGAGUGGGAGGGUUGUGUUUCACUAUUGGUCUAUAUGUAGCCAGGCCUCAUGAAGAGUAGAAUCUAGUCUUUUCUAUUCCCUUACAGUGUGGAAGGGCUUUAGACUCUCCUGCUGCUGCUGGUCCUCGUGGAGGCAGCACUGGGGCCUCUGUAACAUUUGCAACAUUCUAAUGAGAUGCUUGUGUCCUGGUCUCAAGUCCAUAGUACAUGGCCGUCUGUCUGUUGUCUUUGAUAUGAAGAAAAAAAAUCACAGGGUUAAGUGAAUGUACCUGAAUGUUAAAAAAAAAAAAAACUACCAAAAGUAUAAACAAACAUAUGCUAAAUAGAGUAAAUCUAUAGAUAGUUAUAUUGAAAGUGCAUAUAUAUAUUUCCAUAGAGUACGUAGCUGCUGUGCUGUCCAGUGGAGGUUUAAAGAGACUUUAUGAAGAGUACAAGCCAUGUGGAGCUGGCCUACUGUCUGUCGAAGCACAGGACGGUCUCGACACCAACCAGGAGGUGGCAGCAGUACGGCGCAGACUCACUCUCCUCAGAUAGAAGAAGAUAGACUGUUAGCACAAGACGAGGUGGUCCAGGUGAGAUGAUUGAGAUGGUUGAGAUGGUCCAGGUGAGAAGGUCCAGAUGAGAUGAUUGAGAUUGUUGAGAUGGUCCAGGUGAGAUGGUUGAGAUGGUACAAUAGAAUGCCACUAUAUUCUCAUGUGUUGGGCUCACAUUGACUGAAAGUGUUGUGUUGUGACUGCUGUGAACCAGAA